CAGGAAUGUCGCGGACGCAAUUUGUUUUUUUCCACGAACAUCGCGGACAGCAUCAGAGAUUGCGAUAUCAUAUUCAUCUCGGUGAAUACGCCCACCAAACAAUUCGGUAUAGGCAAAGGCAUGGCUGCAGACCUUAGUGCAUGGUACGGGCUUCCCCGUAGUAUUGCUGCUCAUGCAGCAUCGUCCAAAAUCGUCAUCGAAAAAUCAACCGUUCCUGUGAGGACAGCUGAAGGUUUGCAUCGAGUUCUAAAAGCGAACCCUUUGAAUUCCAAAGUGAAAUUUGCUAUUUUGUCAAAUCCUGAAUUUUUGGCUGAAGGAACGGCGAUUCGUGAUUUGGAACGACCUGAUCGUGUUUUAAUCGGAGGACAAGAGAAAACUCCAUUGGGACAGUUCGCAAUUUCCGUUCUUGCUGAUAUUUAUGGUCGUUGGGUACCACAUGAGAGAAUAUUAACAACAAAUGUUUGGUCGUCCGAACUAUCAAAAUUGGUUGCGAACUCCUUCUUAGCUCAACGUGUUUCCUCGGUCAACGCAGUUUCGAUGUUGUGCGAGCGAACUGGGGCUGAUGUUCGUCAAGUUGCAAAAGCUGUUGGUGCAGAUUCGAGAAUCGGACGAAAAUUUCUGGACGCUUCUGUUGGAUUUGGCGGAAGUUGUUUGCAAAAGGAUGUUCUGAGUUUGGCAUAUCUUUGUGAUUUCUAUGGACUCAAAGAAGCUUCAGAGUAUUGGCUCAUGGUCAAAAACAUGAAUGACCUUCAGAAAUGUCGAUUCGCCCAACGUGUUAUUCAUGAAUUGUUCAAUACUGUGAACAAAAAGAAAAUCGCAAUUUUUGGAUUCGCUUUUAAGAAGAACACCGCGGACAUCCGCGAGACAGCAGCAUUGGAUGUUUGCUCUGCAUUGAUGAACGACGGAGCUUACCUUUAUGUAUAUGAUCCACAAGUAGAUGAGACCUCAGCUAGACAAGAAUUAGUCGAUCGCCAAUCGCGUCUUAAUGAGAAUUUUGAUUUGAGCAAGCAAUUCUUCUUCGAGACCUCUCCAGCUGCAGCAGUUAAGGAUGCUCAUGCUAUUGUGGUUCUAACGGAGUGGGGACGAAUUCCAAUUUUGCGAUUACAACGCUUUUUUGAUUGUAUGGUGAAGCCUGCAUUUAUAUUUGAUGGGAGAAACAUCUUGAAUCACAGAAGGCUUGCGGAAAUUGGUUUUGAAGUGCAUGGCACAGUUAGAAACUUGAUUUUAUGGAUGUCCCAUAAAAUAUUUUUAUCAGAUGAUGGACAGAGAUCAUCCACUGAUUUACCUUGUUUGUGUUCUAGCGUUCGUGGAUCCUUUGUUUAUAGCGAAGAUAUUAAUUGCACAGAAAUCGGAUCUGACUGCACGUUAUGUCUCGCUCAUGUCAACAUCUGCAAAUUUUGUGUCCAGGAGGCUGAUGGGGGAAUGACAAACAGCACAAUCCAGUUCAGGGAUUGUGCGGUAAAAUAUCAUUCACAUCAACUCAUCAUAAAACUGCUCACAUCAACUCAUCAUAAAACUGCUCACAUCAACUCAUCAUUAAAAACUGUCCAUUCAUCAUCAUCAUCAUAA